GGCAUUACCCUAUACCCCUCAGUGGGACGCUUACUGGUUCGUAUUCGUCUUGCUCCUCCGCGACGCGCCUCACAAAAUUUCUCCGCCCUUUGGCUCGUGUCUUUGCCGCCGCCAUAAGCCGCCGUGCCUCUUGCUUUCCGGAUCCACAACUACGCUUAAUUCUAUUAUUGGGGGACCAACAAUUACAAGAGUAAAAUAAAGAAGACGAAGUUCGGGAUAUAAUGGCACAUAGGCUGUUGAGGGACGCAGAAGCUGAUGGAUGGGAGCGGUCUGACUUCCCGAUUAUAUGUGAAUCGUGUCUUGGAGACAAUCCCUAUGUUCGAAUGACAAAAGCUGACUAUGAUAAGGAGUGCAAGAUUUGCACUCGACCAUUCACGGUGUUCAGGUGGAGGCCUGGUCGUGACGCAAGAUAUAAGAAGACUGAGAUUUGCCAAACCUGCAGUAAGCUGAAAAAUGUGUGUCAAGUUUGCCUUCUGGAUCUUGAAUAUGGGCUGCCCGUUCAGGUUCGAGAUACUGCUUUGAGUAUCAAUUCCAAUGACGCCAUUCCAAAGAGUGAUGUGAACAGGGAAUACUUUGCAGAGGAGCAUGAUCGCAGGGCAAGAGCUGGGAUAGAUUAUGAAUCUUCAUAUGGAAAGGUACGCCCAAAUGAUACCAUCUUGAAGCUCCAGAGAACCACACCAUACUACAAGAGGAACCGAGCGCAUGUUUGCAGUUUCUAUGUUCGUGGUCAAUGUACAAGAGGUCCGGAGUGCCCUUACAGGCAUGAAAUGCCUGUUGAAGGUGAAUUGUCUCAGCAAAAUAUUAAAGAUCGUUACUAUGGAGUUAAUGAUCCUGUGGCAUUGAAGCUAUUGAACAAGGCUGGAGAAAUGCCUUCUCUUGAGCCUCCUGAAGAUGAGAGCAUAAGAACCCUUUAUGUAGGUGGGCUUGAUGCAAGGGUUACAGAGCAGGACCUAAGAGACAAUUUCUACGCUCAUGGAGAAAUUGAGUCUGUCAAGAUGGUCCUCCAGCGAGCUUGUGCUUUUGUAACUUACACGACAAGAGAAGGUGCAGAGAAAGCAGCUGAAGAACUUGCUAACAAACUGGUUAUCAAAGGCCUGAGGCUGAAACUGCUCUGGGGCAAACCACAAGUCCCAAAGCCGGAAACAGAAGGCUCUGAUGAAGCAAAGCAGCAAGCAGCUGUAGCUCACAGUGGGUUGUUGCCAAGGGCGGUCAUAUCACAGCAGCAGAAUCAGCCUCUUCAGCCCCCUGGCACCCAAAACCAACCUCCUCCCAUGCCAUACUUCAAUAUUCCUCCAUUGCCUCAGCAAGAUAGGGCAUAUUAUCCUUCAAUGGAUCCCCAGAGGAUGGGUGCCCUUGUCCCUUCUCAAGAGGGGGCUCCUAGUGGUUCUGGAUCUAAUGAAGGUAAAAGUGGGUCGGAGCAGAAGCAGCCACAAGCUCAGCAUUAUGGUCACCCUGGUAUGCCACCCCCUCCAGGUCAAUUCUAUCCGCCAUAUUAUCCACCGUAUGGGUAUAUGCCGCCUCCAGUGCCUCCACCUCAUCAACAGUACCCUCAGCCCUAUCAAUCUAGGAUGCCUCCCCCUCCACCGCCUCCUGCUGGUGACCAGGCAUCUUAUCAGCAGAAAGCACCUGCUGGGACGUCACAGCAACAGUAACUUUGUGGUUUUGUAGUCUGUUAAGGAAUGCCUUUCAAUUCAGGGUUGUCACUCUCUUUCUGCAACUUGUGGUUGAAUUAUAUCUGUUUAAGCUGUUGAAUUUCUAUGAAAAGUGAAAUUUCAUUGUUUAUUAUUUGCA